GAUUACUGCUUUGCGUAUAGCUAACGGCUGGUCAGUGCUCUGUUUGCGGUCGACUGCUCGCAGUAACGGUAAAGAUGGAGGACAGCAGUGGAUUUCGCCCAUCGGCCGGGAAUCUGGACGAUCCCCCUAACAGCCGAGUGUUCCUGGUGGUCAGCAAGUCGCUGACGGAGGAUAUGAUCCGGGAGAAAUUCUCGGGGUUCGGAGACAUCCAGGACAUCUGGGUGGUGAAGGACCGGCACACAAAGGAGUCGAAAGGCAUCGCCUUCGUUAAGUACGCGAAAUCUUCUCAGGCGUGCCGGGCUAUGGAGGAGAUGCACGGCCGCUGCCUCAGCGACAACACCAAGCCUAUCAAGGUAUUUAUCGCUCAGUCUCGAGGAUCCACAAGUCACAGAGAAGUGGAGGAUGAAGAAUUAACAAGAAUUUUUGUCAUGAUCCCAAAAUCUUACACGGAAGAAGACAUAAAGAGCAAGUUUAAGGAAUAUGGAAAUGUAGAAUACUGUUCAAUUAUUAAGAAUAAGACCACGGGGGAAAGUAAAGGCUUGGCCUACGUACGCUUCCAGAAGCCUUCUCAUGCUGCCUUGGCAAUUGAAAAUUGUGAUAGAAGCUACAAAGCAAUCCUGGCCGAACCCAGAAACAAAGGAUCAACAUCAGAACCUCAGGAUUACCAUGGCUCCUCUCGGCAGCAAGAAGCACUACUGCACGAGCCUGCGGUUCCCAUGUACCCCUACAGUCAGACUGAACAAUAUGACUACUCCGCAUAUGACAAGGUUUCAGAUGCAAGAAACCAGGAAGGUGUGUCCAAACGACUGACCGUUGUGUCGCGGGUGCCCUUGGUGCAGGAUCAGCUGUACAGUUUAUUCGAUCUUAUUCCAGGACUCGAGUUUUGUGAGGUCCAGCGGGAUAUGUAUACAACAUUUGCUCAUGCUGUGGUGCAGUAUCAGAAUAUCUCAUCUGCAAUUUAUGCCAAAUUCAAGCUCCAUGGGUUUGAAUAUCCUCCGGGAAAUCGGCUUGGCGUCUCUUACCUAAAUGAUGGCGGUGAUGGCACAGAACUUCUUAAAAAAAUGGCCUCCAACAUGGUGGCUGCACAGGUGAACUCGAUGGUUUGGGGUCCCCAGGUUGCACAACAAUACCCACCAUCAGGUUCUGCCUACGAUCGAGCCUAUGCCUCCCCUGUUGCCUCUCAGCUUCAGACAGAUGCUACCCUUCCCACAUACAAAAAGAAGGCUCCCGCUGAUGCCCACUGCAAGGAGAGACUGUUCAUUGUGUUCAACCCUCACCCGUUAAGCUUGGAUGUGAUGGAAGAUGUGUUCUGUCGCUUUGGGAAUCUCAUAGAAGUUUACAUUGUUCCGGGGAAAAACGUUGGGUAUGCUAGAUAUUCUGAAGUGUACAGUGCAAACGAUGCCAUAUCUGUUCUACAUGGAAAGAUGGUGAACAGCGUGAAGCUGAAAGUGAUGCAAGCAGAUUCUCCAAAGGAUGAGUCCAACAAGAGACAAAGAACAUACUGAAUUUAGACAUUUCAGAACAGAGACUAAAUUAUGACAUGACCCUCACCUGACUGACUGAAACGUGACAGGAGACAGCUUUUAUGUACUGGUUUAGGAAGCAUUUGUGCAUUUUGUUCACGGUCCGAAAAUCUAAUAUUGUACGUUUUUAAGAUGAAUUUUAAUUCCUUUAACACAAACUACAGUGCGAAGGCAGCUGCUUUUUUUCCCUUUCUUGUGUGUGCAUACAUGCUAUAUGCAACG